UCUGAUGCAGUUGCUGUACCAGCACAGUAAGUUAGGGGGCGACAAUCUACGUAUCCUGUUUCCCGUUAGCUCAUCAAACUGCAAUAUUCAAGCCUUGACAUUGCGAAGAUGGGCGCUGUUAUGGUGUAGUCCAGAUUACAUAGCACAAACAACUGCGAGUUUCAGAGCUCUGUUAUGACAACAUUUCCAGUUCGUUCAGGUGGAGGCAGGAGGUGUGAGUAGAGUGCAAUAGACAUUAGCAGCAUGUAUUCUGAGUGGCGCUCGCUGCAGUUGGUGGUGCAGAGUGACCAGGGCCACCUCAGUGUUCUGCACACCUAUCCCACUAGCGUGGGCACGGAGGUGGCAAAUGCUGUGGUCAAGCCUUUGGGCACAGCUGUAAGCCCUGUCGCCACAGAGAACAUCCUCAAGACAGACAAGGAGGUGAAGUGGACCAUGGAGGUGCUGUGUUAUGGCCUCACCCUCCCCCUUGAGGGGGACACUGUCAAGCUGUGUGUGGAUGUGUACACAGACUGGAUGAUGGCCCUGGUGUCGCCCAGGGACUCAAUGCCUCAGCCUGUGGUCAAGGAGCCCAAUAUGUACGUCCAAACCAUCCUCAAACAUCUGUACAACGUCUUUGUACCAAGGCCUGACCACCACAGUCUGAACCACAUCAGGCUUUGCCAGCAGGUUCUGACUGCAGUCCAGAAAUUGGCACGAGAGUCCGUUUCCAUGGUGAGGGAAACCUGGGAGGUGCUGUUGCUCUUUCUGCUUCGCAUCAACGACACAUUACUUGCCGCGCCCACAGUCGGAGUUGGGGUGGCAGAGAAACUUGCAGAGAAAUUGAUGGCAGUGCUGUUUGAGGUGUGGCUACUGGCAUGUACCCGCUGCUUUCCCACGCCACCAUAUUGGAAGACAGCAAGGGAGAUGCUGGCUAACUGGAGACACCACCCUCCUGUUGUAGAGCAGUGGAGCAGAGUGGCCUGUGCCCUGACCUCCAGGCUCUUGCGCUUUACCCACGGACCAUCUUUCCCACCUUUUAAAGUUCCUGAUGAAGAUGCCAGCCUGAUUCCUUUAGAGAUGGACAAUGACUGUGUGGCACAGACGUGGUACCGCUUUCUCCACAUGCUUAGCAACCCAGUGGACCUGAGCAACCCUGCGAUAGUGAGCACCACUCCAAAGUUUCAGGAACAGUUUCUUAACUCCAGCACUAUCCCUCAUGAAGUGGUGCUGCAUCCAUGUUUGAAACAGCUACCCCAAAUCUUCUUCAGGGCCAUGCGGGGCAUCAGCUGCUUAGUGGAUGCCUUCUUAGGUGUCUCUGUUGAAAAGAGAGAUGUACGGGAGAGGGUGUUCCCUUUUUGUCAAGUGCGGCUCUCUCAUGGUAUAUCACGUCCCAGAGCUGACAGUGCCCCGCCCACCCCAGUCAACAGAAUGAGCAUGUCUCCGCCCCCCUCCAUCACCAACACCACCCCCCCUCACAGCCGCAAGCAACGGCAUACAGUGGUCACCAAAACCACAAGCAAGAGUUCAACUAGCAGUGGUAGUCAACCAACCAAAGCAUCCCAGCAGCAACAGCAGCAGCAAAAUUCAUCCUCCCCGACCCUGCUUUCCAGCCCCAACCAGAGCAGUUGGGAGACUCGGCCCUUGCCGGCCCCAGCGCGGCCAAAGGUCAACAGCAUCCUCAAUCUGUUCGGCCAGUGGCUGUUCGACGCUGCACUGGUCCAUUGUAAGCUCCACAGCGGCCUCAGCCGAGACCCCAGCAUGACCGCGAUAGCCACUCAAGUAGGUCUGGAGCUGAGGAGGAAGGGAUCCCAAAUGUCCACUGACUCCAUGGUGUCCAACCCCAUGUUUGACGCCAACGAGUUCCCAGAGAGUUACGAGGCAGGACGAGCUGAGGCCUGCGGGACUCUCUGCCGCAUCUACUGUAGCAAGAAAACUGGAGAAGAUAUUCUGCCUGUUUACCUGUCCAGGUUCUACAUGGUCCUGAUUCAGGGUCUCCAGAUCUCUGAUUUUAUCUGCAGACCAGUUCUGGCUUCUAUCAUUCUCAACUCUUCCUCUCUCUUCUGUACUGACCUAAAGGGAAUCAAUGUGGUGGUGCCCUACUUCAUAGCUGCCCUGGAGACUAUUGUACCAGACAGGGAGCUGUCCAAAUUUAAGAUGUAUGUUAAUCCUACCGACCUGAGGAGAGCCUCUAUAAACAUCCUGCUUGCCAUGCUGUCAUUGCCGCAUCAUUUUGGCAACAUCAAAUCAGAGGUUCUGUUGGAAGGAAAGUUCAAUGAGGAGGAUGGGUGGCCUCAUGACCAGCCUGUGUCUUUCCUGUCCCUGAGGCUACGUCUUGUCAAUGUCCUCAUAGGAGCACUUCAGACUGAGACUGACACCACUAACACACAGCUCAUCCUGGGUGCAAUGCUAAAUAUUGUUCAAGACUCGGCACUGUUGGAGUCCAUAGGUGCACAGACUGAAACAGGGAGUGUAGAUGGGAGCCACAUGACUGUGAGAAGUCAGAGCCACAGCCGUACUAACAGUGGCAUUAGUUUCACCAGCGGGGGAAGCACAGAGGCCACCAGCCCAGACUCUGAGCGUCCUGCCCAGGCCCUGCUUCGAGACUACGCUCUUCCAGAUACGGCGGCAGGCCUGCUGGUGCGCAGCAUUCAUCUGGUCACUCAGAGACUCAACUCCCAGUGGAGGCAAGACAUGAGCAUUUCACUGGCUGCCUUGGAGCUGCUGGCUGGGCUUGCCAAGGUAAAGGUAAAGGUGGGUGUGGACUCUUCAGACCGUAAACGUGCUGUCAGCUCUAUAUGUGGGUACAUCGUGUACCAGUGUAGCCGUCCUGCUCCUCUUCAGUCCCGAGACCUGCACUCCAUGAUUGUAGCUGCCUUCCAGUUUCUCUGUGUGUGGCUCACAGAACACCCUGACAUGCUGGAUGAGAAGGAUUGUUUGGUAGAGGUGUUGGAGAUUGUGGAGCUGGGAAUCUCUGGCAGCAAGUCCCGACAGGAACAGGAAGUCCGACAUAAAGGGGAGAAGGAGCACAACCCAGCUUCGAUGAGGGUUAAGGACGCUGCUGAGGCGACUUUGUCCUGUAUCAUGCAGGUGUUGGGGGCCUUCCCUUCCCCCAGCGGGCCUGCCUCCACCUGCAGCCUGCUGAACGAAGACACCCUGAUUCGGUUUGCCAGACUCAGUGCCACAGGAGCCAGCAACUUCCGCUACUUUGUCCUGGACAACUCGGUCAUCCUCGCCAUGCUGGAGCAACCUCUCGGCAAUGAGCAGAACCCUAGUCCAUCAGUGACAGUUUUGAUCCGAGGGACAGCUGGCAGACAUGCCUGGACCAUGCAGCUUUUUCACCAGCCCAGAGGAGCUUGGGCCAAUCAGAGGCAGGUGUUUGUUCCCGAGGCCCGUCCAACACCCAACAAUGGUGUGGGUAUCAAGUACAACGUCAAGCAGAGGCCCUUCCCUGAAGAGGUGGAUAAGAUACCUCUUGUCAAAGCUGAUGUCAGUAUUCCUGACUUGGAUGACAUUGUCAGUAAAGAGGUGUGUUGUAUGGGCUGGCAGGAGAAUUCGAGAGCUACAAAUGCACCGAUGAGUAAUUACCCCUACCUGGAACUUCAGCAUGACAAGCUUCGUGUUCUGAUGACCAAGCAGAUAGAGUAUGAGAACGCCUUGGAGCGGCACAGCGAGGAAAUCUGGAAGUCCAAGCUUUACCCUGACCCACAGACCGACUGCAAACCCCCUCCUCCCGCACAGGAGUUCCAGACAGCACGCCUCUUCCUCUCCCACUUUGGCUUUCUGUCUCUGGAGGCGCUCAAGGAGCCCAACAACAGCCGUCUACCUCCUCAUCUGAUUGGCCUGGAGUCAUCCUUACCAGGGUUUUUUGAUGACAUGAGCUACCUGGACCUGCUUCCCUGCCGACCAUUUGACACAGUCUUUAUUUUCUACGUGAGGGCUGGACAGAAAAGCAGCCCUGAGAUCCUGAGGAAUGUGGAGUCAUCAUCCAGUGUCCAGCCCCACUUCUUGGAGUUCUUGCUGUCCUUGGGCUGGCCUGUGGAAGUGGGACGCCACCCAGGGUGGACGGGACACCUGGAUACCAGCUGGUCCCUCAACUCCUGCUCCGACAGCAAUGAUAUACAACAAACAGAGGACGCAGCUACUCCUGAGGACACAGGAGGUUCGGUGUUCAACGGGGAGAAGAAAGUUUUAUACUACGCCGAUGCUCUAACAGAGAUUGCCUUUGUUGUUCCAUCUUUAACAGAAAAUUCUGAGGAGUCAUCAGUGCACAGUGACUCCACAGUGGAGGCCGACACUAAUGCGGACGUCAUGCCUGGUUUACACAAACAACCCAAUCUCACACUGGAGCUGUUCCCCAACCAUUCUGAAAACCUGGAGUCUGCCAAAAAGCUACAGAGUCCUUUGGUAAAGACGAAGAGAUCAUCGACUGGAAAGUCUUUUCCACCGCUGGGUCCUGAGACAAAGGUGUUUGUGGUCUGGGUGGAGCGCUUUGAUGAUAUCGAGAACUUCCCAUUGUCUGACCUCUUGGCGGAAACCAGCACGGGCUUGGAAGCUAGCAUGAGCAACAGCACUUCCUGCAGGUCAGGGUUACUAGAAAAGGAUGUUCCUCUGAUCUUCAUACACCCUCUGAAGACAGGACUCUUCAGGAUCCGGCUGCAUGGAGCUGUGGGUAAAUUUGGCAUGGUGAAUCCCCUGGUGGACGGCAUGGUGGUCAGCCGCAGAGCACUAGGGUUUCUUGUGCGCCAAACGGUCAUCAACGUGUGCCGACGGAAGCGUCUGGAAAGUGACUUGUACAACCCGCCUCACGUGAGGCGGAAGCAGAAAAUAACUGAGAUUGUUCAGCGCUACCGCAACAAGCAACUGGAGCCUGAGUUUUACACCUCACUCUUCCACGAGGUGGGGGAGGGAAAGCUUCACCUCUAACCCCCCCCCCCCCCUCUGCCCUGUCCUAACACUGACUCACAAGCGCACACAACCACACACACACACACACACACACACACACA